AUGCUAAGAAUGGAACAUGGUUUCCCAGGGAAAAUUUCCCCUACGUUUCACUCCCCAUCCAUUGUAUAUUUAGUUAUGCCUACUGUUUCGGUCCUUAAGGACGAAUUUUUCCACCAACUGGGAACAAAACUUUCUCUGGAGGAACUCGAGUCACUAUGUUUCGACUUUGGAGUUGAAUACGACGGAACUGAAACAGACGAAAAUGGAAGAGAAUUAAUUAGAAUUGACUUACCAGCUAACAGAUACGACCUUUUAUCACUGGAAGGUUUGGUUACAGCCUUUUUAUGUUUUAAAUGGAAUCUGCAACCGCCUAAUUUCACACUUGCCCCAAAUAAACCGCCAAAUUAUUCCAGAAUUGAUGUACAAAAAGAGAACUCCUCCAUUCGUCCCUUUGUAUUUUGCGCAGUCCUGAGAGGAGUUGUUUUGAACGAAAACAGAUACAAAAGCCUAAUAGACAUGCAGGAAAAGCUACACCAAAACCUCUGUAGAAAAAGAACAAUCGCAGCAAUAGGAACCCAUGAUAUGGAUACCGUUACACCUCCAUUCACAUACACAUUUGAGCGCCCAGAGGAAAUUAUUUUUUCUCCAUUGACUGAUCCUAGCAGGGAAUACAACGCACUAGAGCUGAUGGAAGUAUAUGACUCACACCAGCAACUAAAAAAUUACUCAAAACUACUCAAAGGGGCUCCCUAUUACCCAGUUAUCAGAGAUAGUGAUCGCAACGUGUGCUCUUUACCGCCUGUAAUUAACUCACACAGGACCAGAAUCACAGUAAACACGAGAAAUAUAUUCAUUGAAGUCACCUCGACUGAUUUCAACAAGGGAUCAAUUGUUUUGAAUCAGCUGGUAUCAUCAUUUUCAAAGUAUUGCGAUGAACCAUACACAAUUGAACCUGUCCUAGUUCAGUACGACAAACCAUUUACGACACCUGACUUAUCCAGGAGGAGCUUAAGAGCUUCAGUUUCAUACCUUUCAAAGUUGGUGGGAAUAAAGGAGUUGACAGCUGAAUAUUCAUGUGAUCUUCUGGGCAGAAUGAUGGUAAAGUCAUUACCUGUGGACUCUGAAACCAUAGAAGCCAUGGUUCCCAUCACAAGAUCAGACAUACAACAUCCAUGUGAUCUUGGUGAGGACAUAGCAAUAGCUUACGGAUAUAAGAAUAUUAAGAGGAACAGGUUUACGAUGGGGAAUCUCCUUAAAAAAACUCUUUUAGCUGAUAAAGUCAGGUUUGUGUUCACAAGUUGUUCCUUCAAGGAAACUCUAAUGCCGGUUUUGGACUCCUUCAAGUCGUCUUACGAAAUGAUGUGUAAACCAUUUCCGAAAGAUAACGACAAACGGGCUCCAGUUGUAAUUAAAAACGGACAAUUAAGUGAGAAUGAAACUGUAAGAACGUCACUAUUACCAGGACUUUUAAAAACUGUACAUUAUAAAAAAGGAUCAAAUUUACCGAUUCGCCUUUUCGAGGUGGGUGAAGUGGUUUGGAGGAGUGAAGACUCGGACGUAGGGGCCAAGAAUAACACAAACUGUGGUUGCGUGUAUGCAAAUACAAGUUCGGGACUUGAGGAGGUACAAGGAGUUUCUGAGCUUCUGUUAAACAAUUUGGGAUUUAUUAGCGAGUACCAAGUCUGGGAAUACAACGAGUUCGAUAAACCAAUCCCGGAAUCCUGGAAACAAAGAUACAAACUCGAGGAAAUCGAAGGUAAUUUUUUAAAAUUUCAGAAGUUAUCAGACCCCUCUUUUCUACCCGGGCGAUGUGUAUCAUUUGUCACUACUUCAGAGCCAAGACAGACCUUUGGAACCAUGGGAAUAAUCCAUCCAAACGUGUUGAAAAACUUCCACAUACCUUUUCCAGGUAAUAUUUCACCCUAUAAAUAUCUAUUUUUGACCAUAUAA